AUGUCCCCCAAACCCAUCGCCCUCAUCCUCGGCGCAGGCCCUAACGCCGGCACCGCAAUCGUCUCGGCCCUCUCCUCGCUCGGCUACCGCAUCGCGACCGCCUCACGCAGCGGCACCUCGCUCUCCCCGGAAACGCUCUCUCUAACCGCCGACUUCACCAACCCCUCGACCAUCCCCCCGCUCUUCGCCCGCAUCCACGCCGAUCUGCACGCCUACCCCACCGUCGUCGUCUACAACGCCGCCACCCUGACGCCCCCAGCCGACCCCGGCCUCGUCACCUCUGUCCCCGUAGACAGCUUUGCCGCCGACCUGAAUGUUAACGUCGUGAGUCCGUACGUUGCCGCCCACGAGGCCGUCAAGGGGUGGAAGCACAUGGCCAAGGACGACGAGGAGCACGGCCGAAACAAGACGUUUAUUUUUACCGGGAAUAUGCUGAAUCGUACCAUUUUGCCCGUCGAUGCGCUGGUCACGUUGGGCGUCGGCAAGAGUGCAAGUGCGUAUUGGGUUGGGCUUGCGGAUGAGAUUCACAAGGGGGAGGGAUAUCGCUUCUUCUACGCUGAUCAGAGACAGCCGGAUGGCAGUCCAAUGGGUAAUGUGGUUGAUGGGCCUGCUCAUGGCGACUUCUACGCUCAGUUGGUGCAACGCACAAACGAGGUCCCUUGGCUGGCUACAUUUGUAAAAGGAAAAGGCUAUGUCAAGUUUGAUGGGUGAGAUUGCGGUAGAAAUCUCUAGAGGUAAGAUUGGAAGUCGACUAGGACUUGGAUAGUAAUAGUACAUCAUAAAGUUUAUACAUCAAUCAUAUUUUACAUGUCGUCCAGAACAUCAUAG